AUGGCUCUCCAUUCUGCUGAUACUUCAAAGCUGAUAUUCGCCCCCGCGGGCCAUCAAGCCACGGGUCAGGCAGAGCAAUUCACUAAGGGCACCCUCGUCCGCUCUCAGCUCAACCCUGACUCUCCCAUCCCCCAAUUCCACUCAUGGUUCUCUCGCGCUCAAGAGAAUGACUCUGGCGUUGAGCAUCCAGAGUCAUGUACUCUCUCCACGGCGUCUCUCCCCUCAGGCCGCAUCUCCUCCCGCACAGUCUACCUCAAGGAGCUCGACACGCGCGGCUUUGUCAUCUACACUAACCUGGGCACCUCGCGCAAGUCCGCCGACAUAGCGACCAACCCGCGCGCGGCGAUGCUCUUCUUCUGGGAGUCGCUGCAGCGCCAGGUCCACGUCGAAGGCCGUGUGGAGAGGAUCUCGCGGGAGGAGAGCCAGAACUACUACGACACGCGCGCGCGGGGCAGCAGGAUCGGUGCAUGGGCUAGCAGACAGAGCCAAGUGCUCGAGCCGCAGGGUGAGGAUGACGAUGGGCGCAAGCAGCUCGAAGGAUGGGUGAAGGAGGUUGAGCAGCGGUUUGAAGGCGAGGAGAAGAUCCCUGUGCCUGAGUUCUGGGGCGGUCUACGAGUUAUUCCUGAUAGGAUUGAGUUCUGGCAGGGGAGGGAGAGCAGACUUCACGAUCGGUUUGUGUAUGAGAGGGAGGAGGGGAGUGAGUCUGGGGAGUGGAAGUUGAAGAGGUUGAGCCCUUAA